AUGUCUAGGCCUCCUCAAGUACACGCAACUUUCCCUUCACUCUUCAACACACCCAAAAACAUGGCAGAUCUUAGACAAGCGUGUGAUCGCUGUCACAGCAAGAAGCUGAGAUGCACCAAGAUCCCAGGGUCCUUAGUCUGCACCCGCUGCGUCAAAGCUGGUGUAACAUGUCUCUUCAGUCCUCCCUCCCGAUCUCUUCGCCAUCCUGACCAUGUUGCCUUUGACUGGGCGAUAUUCAAUAUGAACACAGAAAUAGACUCAACACUCGGGGUCAAUCUGGAUUUAACAACAACGGUGCCUGUUGCUGAAGAAGCUGCUUCAGCCUCGCCUCCUCAAGCCACAAUCACUGAAGUCUCUCAAUUGACUGAUAUGAUGGCCGCCCUGGAUCGUCUUCAGAACACCUUCCCUACCUCCAGGGCAAAUCAUCUCUCAAUAUGCGAACUCAACGAGUUUAUGCAAAUAUGUAAAUUCGAUUUAGGAUCGUUCCUGGAAGAGUUGUUGCAACGUUCACAAAAGCUGGUUCACUUGUACCCCGAAGUUCUUAAACGACUUAAGACAAAGGAUAGCACCUGCAAUGUCCAAGAUUGCGUCCACAACUCUGCCCAAUACUCACAAUCAAACUCACGAACAUCGAUCGACCAGUCUCUUGUUCACCUGCUACUAGCUUGUCAUCUCAGAAUAUUGGAUCUAUUCGACAGUCUUGUUAACCAUGGACGUAUGUGUGCUCACGCCGUCCCCUUGUUACCCAAAGACCACGAGCCAAAUUUCGACAUACCCGAGAUUAAGAUCGGAUCUUUCGUUGCGCCAAAGGUUUCAGCGGCUUCUAUGAUGAUUGCGAUGGUGAUUGAGCUUCAGACUUCACUCAAGGCUCGGGCCCAGCAGCUGCAUGAUGCAGUGUCGUUGGCUGUUGGCCACGAAUCAGGAGCAGCCAAGAUCUUAGGUCUCCAGUGUGAAUCUUUGAAAGAACGCGCUUCAGAGACUCUUGCGGAUCUCCAGUCCUUAAGAGAUAAUCUCAUGAAGCUGGGCUUGAUCGGAUGA